AUGAGGGUAUUUUUAGCAGGUGAUCCUACACUAUCAACUUUUUCAGAACAAUUACUACUUCUUGGUAAUGGGAAAUGGAAGGAAGAUUCAGAUUAUACUGUGGAAUUUCCAUCAAAUUUUUGCAAUAUAGUAAAAUCAAUUGAAUCUUUGAAAACUCAUGUAUUUCCUGAUAUGCAAAAGAAUUAUAUCAAUCAAGAAUGGAUAUGUGAAAGAGACAUAAUACCAGGAGAAAGUAAAACAUAUAAAUCAAUCGAUAGAGUAUGCAAUCCCGAAGAUUCAAUACACUAUCCAAUGGAGUUUUUAAAUUCUUUGACAAUACCAGGUUUACCUCCUCAUAUAUCAACUUUAAAAAUUGGAGCACCUAUCAUGAUUUUAAGAAAUAUUAAUCCACCUAAAUUAUGUGAUGUAACCCGUUUAAGUGUAAAAUCUUUGAAAAAUAAUGUAAUAGAAGCUACAAUAUUAACCGGAUGUGGAAAAGUUGAAGUCGUAUAUAUACCAAGAAUACCUAUUAAACCCAAUGAUGUGCCGUUUGGAUUUGAGCGAUUACAGUUCCCGGUAAAACUUGCAUUCACAUUCACUAUAAAUAAAACUCAAGGUCAAUCAUUGAAAUGUACAGGACUUAUACUUGAUCCUAUGUGCUUCUCUCAUGGUCAAUUAUAUGUAGCAUGUUCAAGAGGUGGUGACCCGAAAAAUCUCUACAUUUAUUGUCCGAAUAGAAAAACAAAGAACAUCGUAUAUCCUCAAGCAUUAAAAUGA